AUGGUGCCUAUGGGCAGCAUCAGAAAUACGCCAUCAAACACUGCAACUCGCGAAAAUAUCAGACAAGAGCCUCCUCGACGACCAGAGAAGAAGCAACAGCAAGUUGUCGAAGUUGACAAUGAUUACUUCACCCUGAACCCAUGGUAUAAUGAGCAGAAACAGAAGCCAGUCUUUGGUUUGGGUGCUCCUCUUCCACGCACAGUCCGCCCUGGCAUGUGGUGGGGACGAGGUGAUUUGCGUAAAUCCUUGUACAAAAUCGACCAAGGCGAUGGAGUCUCACGGCAGGACGGCCUUCAUUUUGACGAUGGAAAAGUCUUGGAAGAAGGUUCAGAGGAUUCCCAGGAAACUUUGAACGCCGGAAGCGACACCAACAGACAAGGAAACCCAGACAGAUUCCAGACUGUAGUCAAUGGCCGCAGGGUCAAUGUGAAACGCGUGCCGACAAGUGAAGCCAACCAAGUACUUGGCUUGGAUCACAAUCAAGACUCCCACAGCCACGAGCAUCACGGUGGCCAAACGCGUGCUCCAGUCAAUGAACAUGGAUUGGGAUAUGCCGAUGGAAGUGGACAGCAACAACACUUUGGUCUCCAAGACGGUCUUCCGCCGCUCCAGGAACGAGCCACGAACGAAACUAGUCAAACCAAGGAAGAAGAAAAGGAAAUCCAGAAACGAGAAGAGGAAGAAGAGCGAGAUUUUUACAACCAAUAUCGGAACCCCAUUGCUAGAUUCCGAGCAAAGUACCCGCAAGCUCCGGCAGAGUUUCUUGCAACUUUUAUCUACCUCUUGAUUGGGCUAUGCGUAAACCUGUCUGUUGCUACAUCUCAACAAAGUACCGGCAGCUUCGAGACGCAAGCUUGGGGAUGGGGAUUCGCGGUUAUGAUAGGCAUCUAUCUGGGUGGAGGGGUCAGUGGAUCUCACCUCAGUCCGACAGUAUCUAUAUCACUAUCGGUGUUUCGUGGUUUCCCUUGGAAGAUGGCCAUUAUCUACAUAUGCAUGCAACUAUUAGCUGGUCUUGCUGCAGGAGCUGUCGCAUACGCAGUCUACCAUGACGCCAUCCAUGAAGUAGAUCCCGGUCUGACUCUCGACAUGACGGGCAAGGCACUUUUUCCCCAAGGACCUAUCUACUCUACUGCAACUGGCUUCUUCAAUGAUUUCGUCUACAUGGCCAUUUUUGUAUGUGUCGUUUUCGCCCUGGGAGACGACCAAAACUCUCCCCCAGGCCAGGGAAUGACUGCCUUCAUCGUUGGUCUCACCGGAAUGGUAACCAUGAUUGGUCUCGGAUACAACACUGGCUUGGGCAUUUCACCGGCGCGUGACCUUGGGCCUCGUCUCGUGGCAUACUGGGUCGGAUACAAGGAUGCUUUUUCUUCAGGAUACUGGGCAUAUGGCUCUUGGGGUGCAUCUGUUAGUGGUGCGCUGUGCGGUGGUUUGUUGUAUGAUACGUGUAUUUUUGUAGGCGGUGAGUCGCCGGUGAAUUAUCGGUGGCCGCAGCCUGGCGAUAUCAAAUGGAGGGCUAGACAGACAAAGGAUCUUGCAAAGGACAAGAUCCAGCAAGUUGCAUAAACCAUGUCAUCAAAAGUUGGCUUUUGUAAUUCCAGG